AUGUCUCAGCAGCAAAGUCAUUCGAGCGGCAGGGCCCCUCAGGCCGCUACCCCAGCCACGUCUUCCAACACGGGACAGGUCACUGAUGCCAAUGACCUUCUUAACGAGCUUCGAAAAGUGUAUUGGGGGUCGGUCGAAAGAGAGGCUCGAAAUAUGAUUGAGUUCUAUUCCGAUUUAUGUUCUCUAGGGGAUCUUGCACUCAAGCCCGAGAUUGACUUGAACGUGUGCUGUGACAGCUUCAAGAAGAUCUUCGACGUCUGGAUGGGUUGCCAGUCCGGGCUUGAUAAAGACUCUACGUCAGAUUUGUACGGAGAGGCUAUCAACGCUGCAAAAGACCAUUUCACCGCACCAAGAGACAAGCGAGAGUGGGCUGCUCGUCUGAUUUUGCAGGCUUCUGGUCUCCUUGACCUUGAUGUCCUUUAUGAGCCAACAAACGGUUCACAGAGAUACGUCAAAAUGCAGCAAAGCCAACCAAAUGUUGAGCGAGUUGAGAUUUGCAAGGAAGGCCGGAACACACAUGUUGUCCGCGGAAUUACCUGCAGCUAUUGCCACUCUCUGAUUAAAUCCGUAGCAUUCUACGAAUGCAGAGAGGGAUGCAAAUCUUCUUGCUUCUACGAGUCGUUACCAGAAGCCUCUGGGCCUCCAGCCUUUUAUAUUCCCGGCGAAACGCCAACUCAAGAUGAGGCUGUCUGGAAACAUUAUCCGGCCUACAGGGUUUGCUCGGUAUGUAUGAGCAUAACGAACACCAACAUCCUGGAUCCCUGUGAUCGCGGUCACUUGCACGAGGUAACCUACAGCGAGCCGAACAUCAAGGGCCUUAAAGCGUUUCGUUCUGAGCUUAUCAAGACGGAGCUUCACCGACAAAAAGGACAUGACCGCGGCACGUCCUCGAAUUCGAGCCAGGAUGCUGGCCACGUCGUAAAGUUCAUCGAAAAAGCUCUCCGAUCAACCGAGGGGUUGUGGCCAACAAACCCGCGGCUGUUUCUUCGAACAGUGGGUCUCAUGAUGAAAGGCCAUUACGCCCCAUCUGGGAACUUCCAUUUGUCCCUAAUGUUUGGGCCUUUGAUAUUUGAGUCUGGGGUGCCCGGCACCAAGCACGGGGUUUCCAUCUCGCCGCGGCCACCACCGGCAUUCUUUAGCGACUAUGGAGUAGGAGAUGUCGACGACCUAUGGCGGAUGGAAAAGCGACCGUUUUUCUAUUGGGAUAGGGAAACCGGGAAACCUCACCGAGACGCGAGGGCCGAGGAGUUCCCGUUCAGGCCUAGACCGAUUCUCGCUUGUCUGAAGAGAGUUUAUAGCGCCGCUUUCUCCGGAUUUCCUGAACGGGCCCAGCUACGCGAGGGCGCUGUUGUGCAACGCCUAAUGGAGCUAGGCAACAGCUACAUGAGUCUCCCUAGAGAAAAGGAGGCCCUGCGGCGACGGUCUGCGCUCAAGGAGCUCGCCGAGGGUUUGCGAUCGAGCCUUGAGAUAUGCCUCGGGGGGGAGGUUGACAAGCAUCUCUCUCGCAUCGCAAACAUCCUCGUAGAGAGAAAAGACAGAGGCGAGUGGAGCAUCCUCACCAACAACUGCCAGCUCUUGGUCAACCUGCUCCUAGGCGGCGACGACUUCGAGUACGUCAUCCCAUUGCCUCCGAAAGACUUGAAGGAAGAGAGCUUCCGGUGGCCACGCUAUCUCAUCAGCUUCGGGAACCACAUCGAGGGCUUCGGCAAGAGCCUCUACCAGCCCAACGGCCUCAUAACUCAGUACAACCAAAGCAACCCGGCCGUCGACUACGAUUUGAUUGAGUAUAUCAGCAAAUGCGUUAACACCCCCUCCGAGUCCCACUCCAAGUCCCUCGCGAGACUCUGCUGGUUUCCCUCUACAAGCCUUUGCUCCCAAGUCUUUCUCGAUACGCUCUGGAGCUUGCCUGGCGACAGCCUCUCUCUCCUCCAAUUCCACCUACUUCGACCACCGCACAAAUACCGCCUAAACGAAGAAGCUUGGAUCAAGAACCGGCUGUGCGUAAUGCAGGCCCUCGGCGUUAUGGCCACCUUUAUGGGUGCGAUCGGCAACGCCCUCCAUCGCCAUCUUGUUGCGCGCGAUGGCUUCCUGCUCUCGCAGAUUACGAUCCCACCUGCGCGCGUGCUCGGCAACGUGCGAGCUGACGAGCGGCUUCGCAUCCUUGACCAGCUCGGGCCGAGAUGGACGUUUUACGACAUCGUUAACAGGACCCCCAACGCUAUGAGCGCGGUGGUCGAAAGUCCAGCCCGCUUUUGGACGUCGUCCCGAACCGAGGAUGACCCUGUGCAUGGGGAGGAGGUUGUAUCACGGAUGUUGGGGUGGUUCCUUGCCCCUAUUUCGGCUAUUAGUCCAGGGGUAGGAGCCGCGAUCGGGGGGAGUCUUCGGUUGCAUGAAGAUUGCUGGGUUGUAGUAAAUAUUGGCUCACAUACAUAUGUUCGGCAGUAUCUGUGUAAGAAGCUGGAAAAUGUUAGGGAUAGGCUAGAAUAGGAAUUGCGG